AGUAAAUAUUCGCUCAGCAUGAUUACCUUCUGGAGAAGGCUACUAUCCCUAUUACCCCUCUCCCUAACACUUUCUUGUCACGCCGCCAUCACAGUAUUCCCGUCAUCUGCCGAACCGCGAGCAUACAACCACCAAGGUCAGCCCUCAGCAGCGCUCUCAAACAAAGACUUGUUCCGCCAAAGCUGUCCCGACGAAUUCGCCGCAAACAAAAAUGCCUCGGUUCUCUUCUCGUCCAAUUCAGGGGACUUCGCAAAAGGAACAGUCUAUCCGACAUCAGACAGCUUCGUGCGCGGCACCAUAGAUGCAUGGGGCCAACACCAGCAUCUCGUGAUCCGGCCCGAGGAAGUCUGGUUUUCCGUCCUAGCACAGAUGAACUUCUACAUGAGCAAGAAUUCGGAAGCGUUGCGGAAUCUAUUCGUAGAUCAUGACGGUAAAGAGGAGAUCCUGGUCGAAGACUAUACUUGGGAGCUGGUGUUAGGUAGAUUCCAAUAUGAGAUCCAGAAGAGAGUCAAGACGCCGUGGCUGCUUGAUUGGAUUAGGCCGAACUUUACAACGACUACCGAAACUGAUAUUAUGACGGCGAAUGUGUUGAUGAUGGGGCUGAUGCAAGCCUAUUUCGAGUUCGUUGGGGGCAUCAUCUGUGGACUCCCGUCUGUAACCCUCUUGGGGGAAAAGAAAGACUGGGAGAAAUUGCUAGUAAAGCUCGAUCAUUUGACGGAUUUUGGUACCGAGCCCGUCGCUUAUGCGAAGCAAUUACGACCCAUUCUCUCCCGCUUUGUCCGGACAUUUGACGAACCAGACAGUCCUCAGGUUCGCGAAUUCUGGACCAAUAUUAUCCAUGCUGAUCCGGCUCGUAUCUGUGGCGGGCCACCGUAUACAUUAAGUGGCUGGCUCAUGGGUUUUUUUUUCUGGGAUGUCACGGGAAAGGUUCUGCCUCAAUCGCAACUCGGCCCCUUGACAUUAGAUGGCAUAAAGUACGCCACACGGGGAAUCGAUGCACUCCCAGUUGGGUACGCGCAAGCUCCCUUCACUAUGAAGAACUUCCCAGAUGAACGAACGCCCAAAUUUGAGGCUUACGUUCUUGCCGGAAAUGUUGGGAAACGUAUUAGCACAGGAGUUCCAGAAGGGUACGCAACCGCGUUGAGCCGCUUCAACGGGUCCUCAGUCGACCAGAAGUUACCACACGGAACACUUCAGCCACUGUCCGGUUGGAUGAUCUACGGUCCAGCGCCUCAUACCAAUACGACAAAACACGGGGAGAAAGGAUACGAGAAUAACUGGAUGAAGUUGGCUGUGGAUCAGUCCUAUACCGCGCGAUGUAUGGCAAACAGCACAUUUUAAAACCCAGGGUUUCGGCGAUGGAUGCUGUUCAACGCCGACUUUCGCGCUCAAUGUUUUGUGGGAUCUUUAGUAUUGCUGGUUUCAUGCCUUUGGUUGUUAGAAAUUGUGGCGACUGCUCUGGAAAAUGCUCCCCUCAGAUCAAUCUGGAAGUCGGUCUUAACGAAAUUAACUCUGUUCGUCGACUAUCCACUUCCAUUCAGAAACUUGGUGUUCGUAACGUGAAAGUUGUGCUGCAUUACCUAGGUAUGU